GCUGUACGUUUGACGAGGGCUUCGCUCAGUGUGAUUAUCAGCAAGAUCCACAGGACGACUUCGACUGGACGCACAUCAACACCCAGGAUGUCCCCUACGUCUCACCAGACCUGCCCCUCGGUUCCUACAUGUACGUGGACGUCUCCCAGUACGAUGUGGGAGAAAAGGCCAAAUUUCAGCUGCCGGUGAUGAAGGAGAACGACACCCACUGCAUUGACUUCAACUACCUCCUGACCAGCCCGGACGGAUCCAGCCCCGGGACGCUCAAUGUCCUAGUCAAGGUUAACAAGCUUCCCGUGGCCAACCCCAUCUGGAACGUGACGUCCUACACUGGUAAAAGCUGGCUGAAGGCUGAACUGGCCAUUUCCACCUUUUGGCCCAACGAGUAUCAGGUCAUAUUUGAAGCCGAGGUUUCUGACAGCAAAGCCGGCUUCAUUGCCAUUGAUGACAUUCAGGUGCUCAGCUACCCAUGCGACAAAUCACCACAUUUCCUUCGACUUGGAGACGUGGAGGUGAACGCUGGACAGAACGCCACGUUUCAGUGCAUUGCUACGGGAAGAGACACGUCCAACAACAAGCUGUGGCUGCAGAGGAGAAAUGGAGAAGACAUCCCCGUGGCUCAGACCAAGAACAUCAACCACCGACGCUUCGCCGCCUCCUUCCACCUGAACGAAGUCACCAAUCAGGAUGCAGACGCGUACCGGUGUGUCACCCAAUCAGAGCGUGGAUCCGGCGUGUCAAACUAUGCCGGUCUCAUCGUCAGAGAGCCUCCACACCCCAUCGCUCCACCUCAGCUGCUGGGCGUCGGCCCAACGUACCUGCUCAUCCAGCUCAACGCCAACUCCAUAUUUGGAGACGGACCCAUCAUCCUGAAGGAGGUUGAAUACCGCAUGACGUCGGGCACCUGGACGGAGACUCACGCCGUCAACUCCCCCAACUACAAGUUAUGGCACCUGGACCCGGACACAGAGUACGAGAUCAGAGUCCUGCUGACCAGACCAGGAGAGGGAGGGACGGGAAAACCUGGACCAGCUCUGAUCACCAGGACCAAGUGUGCAGAACCGAUGCGGACUCCCAAGAGGCUGAAGAUCGCCGAGACGAGGUCUCGUCUGAUAGCGGUGGACUGGGAGUCGCUGGGUUACAACAUCACGCGCUGUCACACCUUCAACGUCACCAUCUGUUACCACUACAUGACGGCCAACAAUCGCAGCAAGGCCGACUGUUUGGACAUGGACCCUAAAGCUCCACGCCACAUAGUGGGGAAUCUGCCGCCGUACACUAACGUCAGUCUGAAGAUGAUUCUCACCAACCCAGAGGGACGCAAAGAGAGUGACGAGACAGUGAUUCAGACGGAUGAAGAUGUUCCAGGCUCGGUUCCCAGUCAGUCACUAAAAGCCACUCCAUUUGAAGACAGAAUUCUUCUCUACUGGAAGGAACCCACAGAACCCAACGGAGUCAUUAUACAGUAUGAGAUCAACUACAUCGCAGUACGCUCCUUCGACCCCACGGUGCCGCUGCAGCGGCCGGGCCUCACAGCGUCUCUGCCCCCCAACGCCACCCACCACCUGUUUUCACAACUCCACCCGGGGGUAACGUACCAUCUCACCAUACGAGCGUCCACUUCCAAAGGCUUCGGUCCGGCAACCACGUUAAACGUGACGACGAAUAUUUCAGCCCCUACAAUUGAUGAGUACGACGGCUCCGAGGCGUUUCUAAAUGAGACUGCAACAACCAUCACUGUCCUGCUUAAACCAGCACAAGCCAAGGGCGCACCGAUAAGCUCGUACCAGAUCGUGGUGGAGGAAGUGAAUCCUCACCGGACUCGACGCCAAUCUUCCUCCGACUGCUUUGAGGUUCCAGUUUCCUUCCACAGUGCGUCCAGCGGUGGCUCUCCGUAUUAUUACGCUGCACAGAUGUCCCCCAGUAACCUCCCAGAGCCCCUUCCCUUCACCGUGGGAGACAACAAGACGUACCAGGGUUUCUGGAAUCCCCCUCUGGCUCCGAGGAAGAACUACAACAUCUAUCUCCAAGCUGUUAGCAGCACAGAGCGGGAAACGAAGACCCAGUGUCUGAGGCUGGCUACGAAAGGAGCCACCGAGGAGCCAGAGGUCAUCCCUGACCCUGCGAAGCAGACGGACCGGGUGGUAAAGAUUGCAGGAAUCAGUGCUGGUGUUCUAGUCUUUAUUCUGCUGGUGUUGGUUGCCAUCCUUUUGGUCAAGAAAAGAAAACUGGCCAAAAAGCGCAAGGACGCCAUCGGGACAGCGCGCCACGAAAUGGCCCACAUGGUGAACGCCAUGGACCGCAGCUACGCCGACCAGAGCACCGUUCACGGAGAAGACCCUAUGGCUGUGACCUUCAUGGACUCACACAACUACAACAACAGAUUGCCCAACGACCCUCUGGUUCCUACGGCCGUGUUAGUUCCAAUCACAGACGAGAACCACACCGGUUCCGCGGCGGAGAACAGCCGGCUCCUGGACAUUCCACGGUACCACUGUGAAGGCACCGAGUCUCCGUAUCAGACGGGACAGCUCCACCCUGCCAUCAGAGUGGCCGACCUGCUGCAGCACAUCAACCUCAUGAAAACAUCCGACAGCUACGGCUUCAAGGAGGAGUAUGAGAGUUUCUUCGAGGGCCAGUCGGCUUCCUGGGACGUGGCCAAGAAGGAGCAGAACCGCACCAAGAAUCGCUAUGGAAACAUCAUAGCAUAUGACCACUCUAGGGUUAUUCUUCAGCCCAUCGAAGAUGACCCCUCCUCUGAUUACAUCAACGCCAACUACAUCGAUGUAAGUGGAAACGCAUCGAAUGCUACUAUUGGCUCCCAACGAAACCAACGAAACCACACUCCCUCGCUCAUUUGGCUGUACAGGGAUGGCUACCAGAGACCCAGUCAUUACAUCGCCACCCAAGGUCCUGUUCAUGAGACUGUGUACGACUUCUGGAGGAUGGUUUGGCAGGAACAGUCAGCCUGCAUAGUCAUGGUAACCAACCUGGUGGAGGUGGGAAGGGUCAAGUGCUACAAGUACUGGCCGGACGAUGCUGAGGUUUACGGCGACUUCAAGGUGACUUUUGUGGAGGUGGAGCCUCUCGCUGAAUACGUCAUUCGCACCUUCACACUGGAGAGGCGUGGCUUCAAUGAGGUGCGUGAGGUCAAGCAGUUCCACUUCACAGGCUGGCCCGACCACGGAGUCCCCUAUCACGCCACGGGACUACUUUCCUUCAUCCGCAGAGUCAAAAACUCCAAUCCGCCCUCUGCUGGUCCGAUCGUGGUCCACUGCAGCGCCGGUGCUGGACGUACAGGCUGUUUCAUAGUCAUCGACAUCAUGCUGGACAUGGCGGAGAGAGAGGGCGUGGUGGACAUCUACAACUGUGUGAAGGCGCUUCGCUCGCGGAGGAUCAACAUGGUACAGACUGAGGAGCAGUACAUAUUCAUCCACGACGCCAUACUGGAGGCCUGUCUGUGUGGAGAAACCUCCAUCCCAGUCUGCGAGUUCAAGGCCGCCUUUUAUGAGCUGAUCCGCAUCGACUCCCAGACCAACUCCUCACACAUAAAGGACGAGUUCCAGACGUUGAACUCGGUGACGCCCCAGCCCCAGCCUGAGGACUGCAGCAUCGCGUUGUUGCCUAGGAACCAAGACAAGAACCGCUUCAUGGACGGCCUUCCUCCUGACAGAUGCCUGCCCUUCCUCAUCACCAUCGACGGCGAGAGCAGCAACUACAUCAACGCCGCUCUGAUGGAUCUGUCAGAAGAGUUCCAGAGCUACAGACAACCUGCUGCCUUCAUCGUUACCCAGCAUCCUUUGCCCAACACCGUCAAAGAUUUCUGGCGUCUGGUUUACGACUACGGCUGCACCAGUCUGGUGAUGUUGAACGAGAUCGACCUGGCUCAGGGUUGUCCUCAGUACUGGCCAGAGGAGGGCAUGCUGCGCUACGGCCCAGUCCAGGUGGAGUGUAUGUCCUGCUCCAUGGACUGUGAUGUCAUCAGUCGACUCUUCAGAGUCUGUAACCUCACCAGGCCUCAGGAGGGUUACCUGAUGGUUCGACAGUUCCAGUACCUGGGGUGGGCGGGGCACAGAGAAGUCCCCGCCUCCAAGCGCUCCUUCCUGAAGCUGGUCCUACAGGUGGACCAGUGGCAGCGGGAGGGAGAAGAGGGCGAGGGGAGGACCAUCGUCCACUGCCUAAACGGAGGCGGUCGCAGCGGCGUGUUCUGCGCCUGCAGCAUAGUGUGUGAAAUGGCCAAGAGACAGAGCGUGGUGGACGUCUUCCACGCCGUGAAGACGCUGAGGAACAGCAAACCCAACAUGGUGGACACUCCGGAACAGUACCGGUUCUGCUACGACCUGGCGCUGGAGUUCAUCGAGUCCUCGUAAAGCAGGGAGCGAGGAAGAGGAGGAGGAGGUGGUGGAGGAGGAGGAGCGCAGUCCUCCCUCCCGGGUGAUUUUUUCUGUCCAUCUGCUCCUCACUCCUGGCUGUGAAGGCCGUCCUGUAGCAUCGCUCUGACAAAUGGUACAAGAGGAACCCACAGGGACGUGAAACAAAGGGAAUCAGAAGGAGGUGGGAGGAGUCCAGGCCGCUCCUUCAGCUCCUCCAUACUUAACACACUAUAAUUAUUGUACAGUGGGCCUCUGUCUGUCUGUCUGGGCCGCCUUUACAUCCUGCACCUCCCACCACGACGCAUGGACUGGAUGCCGUUUCAGCUGCAGUACUUCAUCUGCCCUGUAGAUGUCCCCACCUCAGCUUUCGACAUUGCAAGUUGUAGCAACAGCU